AUGUCAUUCACCGUCAAUAUGCGGAGCAUCCUCACUGCUGCCAUUCUCUUACGUGCAUCCGUAUGUCUUGCCGCCGACACGGACACUGGCAACUACUACGGCCCUGGACGUGCCGACCGCAUGCUCCCUCGGGCUGCGCCACAGGACUUUGGCACCUUCAAGGUUAACUGCAGAGGUUCCGAAGGUGCCUGCAACAAUGCUUGCUACUACAUCAGGUGCGAAGCUCCUAAUGAUCCGGACGCGAAUAAGAUCACCUACAUUGGCCCCAAUGGCAACAACGGCGAAGCCGACCGCAACCGAUAUGAGUCCGGUUGCCAGGCCCAACAGGGCGGCAGUGUCUGUGGCAACUUCCCUUUCAGCCAGAAGUUCAUCGACGAUCAGUCUAAAGCCACCAGCUAUACAUGCGACGAGUGGCCUCCGGCCGCCUCCCAGCAGGAAACUUUCGAUAAGAAAGCGCACAAGAACAGCCUGCGCUGCAUGCCUGGAGGCGAAAACUCGUCUCUGGGCGCCAAAAUUGGCAACUUCAUCAACAACCGGGGCACUUUCCCGGGAAGGCCAGGUGGCGUCAUGGCCCGAGGGGAUUAUUUCCGAGUCGAUCCGGAUGUCACAAACGCUGAUCAGAGCAAGGUUAAAUUCUGCCUUGGCCAGGGCACCACCAACUGUGGCAGCGACGGCUUUCAAUUCGAGAUGACUGCCAAGAAAACACAGAACGGCAAGAUCAGCUCCCCCUACGACCCUAAGGGCACCGACAAUCACUAUGCGCUUCAGAAUACAGUCUACAAGGACAUCUUUCAGUGCAGUGUCGAGCUUACUCGUGACGGCGACAAUGAUUUCAAGAACGUCAAGCUCUUCGAUUGGGAGAACAAGGAAGUUACGCAGACUACGUCGUGCUCUAUUCCCGGAAACACAGGCACCUGCGAUCUCCAGGGUCUUCCCAACGACCUCCAACUUGAGAAGCAAGGCAAUUUCGGCACGAAACUGGGCUUCACGUACGCGCCCGGGAGCCAAAACACUAACGUCAAUUACUAUAAGUGGGAUUCGGAGACCACGGGAGACGGCAGAGGGCCUGCUACCGACGAUGGGUCGCCGCUCCGUUUCUGCAAAGUCACGACAUCAGGCAACGAGCAAUCCAUCGAGUGUUGGUUCCCGUGCUACCAAAAUGUUGAUGGUAAAUGA